AUGGUGGUGAUAUCAGUGACAAGCCUGGCGGGAGAAACGUUGCUCGAAGCAAUUGAACUUCCUGAGCCAGUCACUGGAAAACAGAUUAUUGAAAAGCUACCAGGGCCGACCACGCGCUUCGACAAACUUCUUCGAGACAGCGAGUCUUUGGAUCUUUCUGCCGAGCUGCACGUGGACGGUGAAGCAAGCAUCAGUCUGAUGUUCGUUCGGGUGGACGCGGGCUUGCUGGCCGGCCUCGCAGAUGACACCAUCGAGGCUCUGACAAGCUUCGGUGCUAUUCAGGACGCCCCGCCUGGCUUCCCUCACAUGACAUGCUGCCUGAGCUUGGCGAAGGAGGACAAGGAGAGAUUCAGUGGAGGAGGGUUUGGAGGCACCGAGUCGACACGCCAUGUGCUUCUGCUUCCGGAUGGGCGGAUUCUGGCAAAAUAUCAUUACGAGAGCGACUACAUGGAAAAGAGCGGCGACUACAACUGUUCUUGCUGCUGGGAGAUAGCUGAGGGGAUCUUCGCCCCCACCGACGAGCCUGGCUGCCUCUGCAUUACAUGGACGGGCUGGGCUGAGCUGCGUCACAGAAGUGAGGAGCCCUUCGGCCCAGGUACCAUUACAGGCAACUGGGAGCAAAAGCUGAUAGAUGCGGAGCACCGGCGAGUGCCAUCCACAUUGGUGCCAACAGACCAAGGCAUCUUGAACCUCCAGAAAUUGUGUCGGGCCUGGGCAGAAGAGGAUGCAGGUUCGGGCGUGGCAUGUGCGCGCAGAACAUGUGCCCGAACCAAAGCAUCGCCGAAAAUGCCCAAGCUGGAUGCCGGCAGUUUGGGAAGUCUUGGCAUGCAUCCUGAUCAUUUGAUACAUUGGGUUGGAGAAAGCUGA